AUGGGAGGCAUGCCCCGCGCUACCAAGGAGGCUUGGUUCGAGAAGCUCACCGAGCUCCUCGAGAAGUACCCCUCCAUCUUCAUCGUCAACAUCGACAACGUCUCUUCCCAGCAGAUGCACCAGAUCCGUCAGUCUCUCCGUGGCAAAGGUGUCGUUCUCAUGGGCAAAAACACCAUGGCUCGUCGUGCUCUCCGAAUGCUUGUUGGUGACAAUCCCGAUUACGAGCGCUUGCUCCCUCACCUUAAGGGCAACAUCGGUUUCGUCUUCACCUCUGGUGAUCUCAAGGAUGUCCGCGACCAGAUCCUUUCCAACCGGGUAGCCGCUCCUGCUCGUGCCGGUGCUUACGCUCCCGCCGACAUUUUCGUCAAGGCAGGCAACACAGGCAUGGAACCUGGUAAGACUUCGUUCUUCCAGGCUCUCGGUGUCCCCACCAAGAUCGCCCGUGGUACCAUCGAAAUUGUUAGCGACGUUAAGGUCGUUGAUGCCGGUAGCCGUGUGGGUACGUCGGAAGCUACGCUUCUCAACAUGCUCAACAUCUCGCCUUUUACCUACGGUAUGACUGUUGUGCAGAUCUACGACCAGGGCCAGUGCUUUGAGUCCUCCGUUCUCGAUGUUUCCGAGGAUGAUCUCGUGGACCGAUUUGUUCUUGGUGUCAAGCAGAUCGCUUGUAUCUCGUUGGCUCUUAACUACCCCACCAUUGCCAGUGUUAUGCACAGCUUGGUCAACGGUUACAAGAACCUCAUCGCUGUUUCGCUUGCCACUGAUUACGAGUUUGAGGGAAGCAAGAAGGCUAAGGAGUACCUUGCUAACCCCGAGGCUUUUGCUGCUGCCGCUCCCGUCGCUGCCGCUGCUGAUGCCGGUGCUGCCGCUCCCGCUGCCGAGGAGAAGGAGGAGGAGAAGGAGGAGUCUGAUGACGACAUGGGCUUCGGUCUCUUUGACUAA